GCCCCACCUUCCACAUCCGUAGCAGAGCCAACUUCUACAGCAACCACCUCUGCCCCACCUUCCACAUCCGUCACAGAGCCAACUUCUACAGCAAGUUCCUCUGCCCCACCUUCCACAUCUAUCACAGAGCCAACUUCUACAGCAACCACCUCUGCCCCACCUUCCACAUCCGUCCCAGAGCCAACUUCCACACCACCUUCCACAUCCGUAGCAGAGCCAACUUCUACAGCAACCACCUCUGCCCCACCUUCCACAUCCGUCACAGAGCCAACUUCUACAGCAAGUUCCUCUGCCCCACCUUCCACAUCUAUCACAGAGCCAACUUCUACAGCAACCACCUCUGCCCCACCUUCCACCUCUGCCCCACCUUCCACAUCCGUCGCAGAGCCAACUUCUAUAGCAACCACCUCUGCCCCACCUUCC